UCUUAUCUGUGGUUAAUGUCGGUGUCGGUCGUGUGAUUCAUUUUGUUCACUAUCUUUUUGUUCGUAACUGAAUUGAAAUAUAGUUGUUGGGUUUUAAGUUGAAGUUGUUUCAAUAAUCCAAAAAGAUGGCUUUACAUGUUCCAAGAGCCCCGGGUGUACCCUCAAUGAUGAAAGAUGGAGCACGGAUGUUCUCUGGCUUAGAAGAAGCUGUAUACCGGAACAUAACUGCUUGUAAGCAAUUUGCACAAAGUGUGCGCUCUGCCUAUGGUCCAAAUGGCAUGAACAAAAUGAUCAUUAACCACAUUGACAAGCAGUUCGUGACGAGUGAUGCCGGCACCAUUAUCAGAGAACUGGAUGUAGAGCACCCUGCAGCCAAGCUCAUGGUCCUGGGCAGUCAGAUGCAAGAUGCUGAAGUUGGAGAUGGUACCAACUUUGCCAUUGUAAUAUCUGGAGCUCUCCUGGAAGCAGCAGAGGAACUUCUCCGUCUUGGUGUGACCACCAGUGAGAUUGCUGAGGGCUAUGAAAUUGCCCUCGAAAAGUGCCUUGAAAUCUUACCUGAUCUUGUCUGCCAUGAGAUCAAGGACAUCAAAAACACAGAUGAAGUUAUUAAGAUUGUGAGGCCGGCCAUCAUGGCUAAACAAUAUGGCAACGAGGAUUUCAUUGCCGGACUUGUUGCUAAGGCGUGCAUUGCCAUCCUGCCAGAGAAAACUACAUUCAAUGUGGACAACGUCAGAAUUUGCAAGAUUCUCGGAGCUGGUCUCCUGCAGUCUGAUGUUCUCUCGGGAAUGGUUUUCAAGCGCGAAGUCGAAGGAGAUGUCACAUCUGCCGAGAAAGCUAAGAUAGCCAUAUACUCAUGCCCCAUUGACAUUACCCAAACAGAGACCAAAGGAACAGUCCUCAUCAAAAGCGCUGAUGAACUUCUCAACUUUAGCAGAGGCGAGGAAUCUCUUUUGGAGAAACAGAUCAAAGACAUUGCCGACACUGGUGUAAAGGUUAUUGUAGCGGGCGCGAAGUUUGGUGACAUGGCACUGCACUUACUGAACAAAUAUGGAAUUAUGGCUGUACGUCUUCCAUCGAAAUUCGACCUCAGACGUGUUGCCAAGACUGUUAAUGCUACUGUACUACCCAGACUGACCACCCCCACAGCCCAAGAGCUCGGCUACUGCGACAUAGUCGCCGUAGACGAGGUGGGUGACACUCGCGUCGUCAUAUUCCGUAUGGAAAGCACCGAGUCGCGCAUCUCCACUGUGCUCAUCAGAGGCUCCACCGACAACUACAUGGACGAUAUUGAGCGAGCUAUCGAUGACGGCGUCAACACAUUCAAGAACAGUGCUAGAGAUGGGCGAUUCGUGCCCGGCGCCGGCGCGACGGAGAUCGCGCUGGCGGCGCGGCUGCUGCAGCACGCGGACACGUUGCCCGGACUGGCGCAGUACGCGGUGCGCAAGUUCGCGCGCGCGCUCGAGGCCGUGCCGCGCGCGCUCGCCGAGAACACGGGCGCCAACGCCACCGAGGCCAUCAACCACAUCUACAAGGCGCACAAGGAAGGGAACAAGAACGCCGGGUACGACAUCGAAUCAGAAAAUAACGGCGUAUGUGACGCCAAAGAAAAGGGUAUCUUCGACGCCUUCGUACUCAAGCGGUGGGGGCUGAAGUACGCCGUGGAAGCGGCCACUACCAUCCUCAAGGUGGACCAGAUCAUCAUGGCCAAGCGCGCUGGCGGACCCAAGGCGAGGCAACCGCAAGGCAGUGACGACGAAUCUUAAUACUUACGCUACUCUAUGGCGCGUUUACAUUAGGCUCCUAGUCCGCAA